GGAUGUCUUGCUCCAAGGCGCUGCUGUCGAAGAAGGGGGUGCUGGGGCCGGUUUGGGUGGCGGCGGUCAGCGGCGUGGCGGCGCUCAGCCGGGACCAGGUCGUCCGCACCAACAUCUUCGCCUGCAUUGAUAAGAUUUUGCCUGAUGAUGAUGACAGAACCACGUACAGAGUAUUGGGACUGCUUCUUCUUGGCAUUGCUAGGAUUUAUUCCAAGAAAGUGGAAUACCUCUGCCAUGAGUGCAAUGAGCUUGUCGGAUCAUAUGGAUCAACACAUUGCACUGAACUAAGUAUCUCAACUCGAGGAGCAACGGAUAGAGUUUCAAAGCAAGUGAAGAAACCUGUUCGUCCAAGAAGAUUAGCUGUAAGACAAGAUGAUGCUUACAAGGUAAACGAAACUACGCGAGCUGUGAGAACAACUAGAGCAGAAACAAGAACUACUUCACAAACAUCAGCUGAAGUUCGCGAAGCAUGCACUACAGAUGACCUUCCAGUUUUCACAAUACCCAAAAGAUUUGAGCUUGACUCCUUCGAUUUGGGGAUUCCUGAAGAUAGGGAUGAUGACGAGGAGGAGAAUCAUCACCAAUUGCCACAUCGAGGUAGCAAUGCUGUGAUUGAUGUUACCACUGCUAAGAAACCAUUUUGUUUACGCCCUGUAUUCUUUUGUAUAGAUACCCUGUUGGAAGAUGAGCCUCAUCAUACAUCCUGUUUGUAUGAGUCUUAUAAGACGGUGACCUGCUCAUAUGCUGAUCUAGACUCUGCUUGCAUUAUGCCAGUACGCAUCACUAUCCCAACUGAAAUUAUCAGUGCCAUUAGUGAAGUCAACAGUCUUCUAUGCUUGAGUAACAUUGGUGGUGAACCUGAAAAGGAUAACCAGAAUGCUGAUUCUGCUUGCUUUACACCAGUGAAGGAUAUUCUUCCACCGGAGAUGGUGGAUACGAUGGCAAAAGUAAAUGAUCCUUCAGAUAAAAGCAUAAGGGGGAAAAAACCUCAAAGAGAAUUGAAUAAGGAUGACAAUGAGGAUUCUGCUUGUCACAUCCCUUUGCCAGGAAGUAAGGAAGCACAGAUAUCUGAAAACAUUGUGGAGAAUGCAACUUUCCCGACUCAUGAUGCAAAUUGUCCGACAAUUGAAGAGUCAGAAAAUGGGUUACUGCAAGUAACUAACACAAACCCAUCAUGUAAUGGUGUUGAGGAACCUGAGUCUCUUGAAACACCAACUUUACGCUGUAAGACAAAGCAAAUCAAUGAGUUGUCACCUUCCACUCCAGAGCCCAUGACAGAGGGUGCAACAGGGCUACCCUACUCUCCUAAAUUUAUGGUUACCACACCAGCUAAAAAGGAGAAGAGCCGGGUCACUAAAAAACGAAGAAGGGGAUUAUACAAUAAAGAUUAUAUCCCAACAGAUAGAGACAAACGGCAGGUUCGAAGAAGAGGAACAAGGGCAUUGUUUGAUGGAAACAUUGUUCUACCAAAUAAAACUUUGAGAAAACUAAUAGAGGAUGCAAGUGAUCUAGUGCAUCGGAGAAGGAAGGCACCUCACACUUAUCUUGAUACCUGGAAGGAGGACAAAAUUAGUUCUCUGCCAGUUACUUUCAUGGAUCCAUUGAUUCUGUGUCCCACUUCAGUGUACUUUAAAUACACUAUUACAUCAGAUACACCCAAAAGUUCAUGCAGUGAGCCAGUUAAAUCAAGAAGGCGCCUUUCGUGGGAGCCUUCUGAAUCCAACCAUAUCUGCAGUGAUGCUCAAAAUGUAGAAGGUGAAAGUAUUCCAGAUGAACCAAGAAAAAGAAAAUUGGAUGAACUAACAAACAGUGUUCAGGUGACUGUUGGGUGUUACACUGAAAAUGUACAGUAUCAAGAUGAUGAUUGUAGAUUUAAUGAAGAUACAGUUAAGGAAAAUGAUUUCUCAAUCAGAGGACAUGAAUCUCAUUCAACAGAACCUCAAGAGAGAUUGUAUGCACCAAAAAGUAAUGAUCCACUGCUCAAUGAAGCAUUGUGUGCUGCUAUAGAUAAUAUAGAUGAGGGUAUUCAUAUGGAUGAACAACAUCCUAGAGAUGAAGGUUUGCUGCGUUCAACAAGAACAAGGACUGUGGCAAGUUACUUGCAUCAACUACUCGUGGACCAGAAAUGCCAGCAAGGGAACGACUCUGUAUGCCUUAGUCAAGCACUCAAAGGAACGAAAAGAAAAACUUCAGCAAGAUUCUUCUACGAAACUCUGAUUCUGAAGAGUGGUGGUCUAAUAAAAGUCAACCAAGAGCAGCCUUAUGAGGAUAUCAUGGUCUCAGCGACUCCGCAGCUCGAGGAGGCAUUGCGGAGUAGUGAUAAGAAAUGACUUAACUAACUCAACAUGCUCCUUAUUAGUUUUCGGAAAAAGGAUCUGUGCAGCGUUUCACCUCUUUAUAUGUUCUGUAGCAUGUUUCUGAUGGUCAGUCAAAUGUAUAUACUUAGUUUGGCGUUAGAUGGUUAGGAAAAGUAGAGAUGUUGGUUAUUUCGCCUUUUGCCCUUUAGAUGGAUAGCUUAGUGAUGUAAGUUAAAUAAUAACAGCUCCCCUUUAGAUGGAUAGCUUAGUAACUUAAUGAUAACGGCUGUAAAUUGCAGUUUCUAGUCAGUUGUUGAAUCCAUGUUCUUUUCAGAGCUUUUGAU